GAAGAAGGUAGCCCAUCUGUGUUUAUGAUGGGGGACCGACCUUGGUUGACCCGACAGACCCCCAAGAAGAAAGAAAAAAAAAAAGAAGGAAAAGGGAAGUGGAUUUUUGUGAAAAAAGGGAGAACUAUAUUGGAGUUCAUUGGCCUGAUUGAAGGUAACACACCUACGUACACCGACUACCACCCAAACUCGACAGUGGACGAGAUCGAACCUGGAAUUGUUGCCCAUUUAAAAAGUGAAUUCUUCGAGACGAGAACAGCAGUCGCCAAAAAGUGCCUCCCGCAGCAGCUCAUCGUUUCCAUGACGAAAGUCGUUCAUCUCAGGAAUUAUAACCAGACCUACAACAACUGACUGACUGACUGUACCCACAAUUUUAUCACGACAUUGACGCAAUUUUUUUAUUGUCUUCCUCCAAAAAAAAAACAAACAAACAAACUUCGACUUUUGACGCAAAGAACUUGCGUGCUGAGCUGACGGUGUCGCGUGAUCAUGAACAGUUCUUAAACAUGUCCAAUCAAGGAAAGAGAAUGGAAGAAGGCGCUUGGGAUUUAGCCGAAUUGGCCGAGGAGGAUUUUGAGCAGCUGGCCGUGUACAUCGUGCCGGACGCGGACGUGAAACCAGCGAGCACCAGCAACGCCCCCGUCAACAGAGCCGAGACGUCUCUGCCCAGGAAUUUGGCUCUGAAGCCGAGCCAGGCCUUGUCCGACGUCCUGGGCGUCUGGAGCAGCGACUACAUUCCCCGCGGCACCCGAUUCGGCCCAUUGGUCGGCGACAUUUACGCCAAGGAUCACGUGCCCAAACACGCCAACCGCAAAUACUUUUGGAGGGUCUACAACAACAGCGAAGUUUUUUACUACAUCGAUGGCUACGACACGGCCAAAGCCAACUGGAUGCGAUACGUCAAUCCGGCCUAUUCCAGCGAGUCGCAGAACCUCAUCGCCUGCCAGUACAAGAUGAACAUUUAUUUUUACACCACAAAGCCCAUCCUGCCCAAUCAGGAGCUCCUCGUCUGGUACUGCAAGGAAUUUGCCGAGAGGCUCAACUACCCCGUCACUGGCGACUUGAUGCUCCAGCGGAUCCGCCAGCAAGUGCAGCAGAACGACGAAGACGGAUCGGACACGGAACAAUCGGCCCCCGAGAUCAAGAAACCCAACGUCGACGAUGAAUCGAUGAGUCCGGCGGAAGGUGCCGAAGAUGUCAAAGUCAAACAACAACCUCAUAAGAAACUGCCGGCCGAUACGACGGGGCUGGCCAAAGAGACGGACCAGCCCAGCAGCAAAGAGGCGGCUCUUGCCGUUGACACGACACGUCGCGAUCACGGUGAAAAUGCGCAUCAAAACCACCAACUGACGCCCACGACGGAAGGCUCGGUCCGCUCGGACGAGGGCUACCACAGCAACGGAUACCACGACGACGCCCUGACGCCGCCCGAAGAUUCCAGCGAUUCCGACAACGACAAUUACGUCCUCGAUUUCAGCCGGAAACCUUCAUCCUCUUCCACCUCUUCGCCAGCGGCUGGUCCGGCUGCCGGUCAGCCCAGUUCGACCAGUCGAUUAAGUCCGUUGGCGGAGGAGCCCGUACCUCAACAGGGUUCCCCUCAAUCGGACAGCCGUGGCAGUCGCAGCACCAACGAGUACCGCAAAGUCAAAAUCAAGAUGCCUAAAGCCUACCAUUACCGGCACAGCAGCAUCAGCGAGGAGCGCGAACAAGUCCCGUCGCGCUCUUCCGCCCACCAUCGACUCGUCGCUGCGACGCAAUCGCCUCCGCAACUACAACAACAACAUUCGCCUCCGGUGACCCAGUCGGUGGUCAAAACUGCCCCGCUAGUGGCCCAACUCUCGCCCGUCGCACCGUUGCCGCUCAGCCCUCGCUUCCGGCGCAGUCAUCCGCCUACGCUUCAUCCGCAAUCUUAUUCGCCGGAACCGAUGGAUUACGAAGAACAUCAUCAUCAUCGCCAUCGCGAUCAUGCCGAUCAUCGUAUCAAUUACGAUCGCUCGCGUUCGCCUUCCGGCCGGGAAGCUGUCCCCCCUCCUCCGGCUGUCAACUCUUUGCUGAGCAACGGAAGCAUUUUGGAGAGCAUUCUGUUGAGGCGCCAAGGGAACACCAACGCCACGGCGGCGGUCGUAGCGGCCGCGGCCGCCGUGGCCAAGAAGGAAAGCGGGGCGGAGCUGCUGCGGCAGGAAUACUACGACGAAGUGUACCAUCGCGAGCGAUUUAAGGAGGCCGUCCAAGUCAUUGUGGCCAACGAGUCUCAUCCCAAACCGGAUUCGUCGGCCGGAUCUUUGCCUGCCGCUCCAGCGACGUUGCCACCUCCUCCGCCUUCUUCGUCGGCUCAUCAUCGAUCGUCGCCUUCAUCUUCCCACCUGCUCCUAGCGCCGUCGACGACAGUGCCCGUGGCCAUUUCCACGGUCGUUUACCCGCCGUACAAGAAACUGCAUCGCUACAACAUUCCCAGCGGAGCGGACGUGCGCGAUCUCCUCAGCAGCAAGGAUCCCAACCAUCUCAGCCCGGAUUCCAGCUGUUCGACGACAGCCGUCAAUAAAUCCAUUCGCAACGAGUCGAACAGCUCGCCAUCUAGCGGUGGACAACAGCAACAUCAUCAUCAUCAUCAUCUCCACCACCUCAGCGGACAUCAUCCGUCUCACGGAUCACAUCCGUUCAAUAGCCGCAGCCCGCAACCGUCGCAGUCUCAUCAGUUCCACAGCAGCAGCAGCAAUGGAUCCAACAGCCGAUCGGCUCCAUCACCUCAUCACCAUCCGAAUGAGUCCGGAAAUGGCGGAAGCUCCGGCGGCAGUUUGCUGUACAACGUGAACAACGUUGCGCAAAUGUUCUCGUCGGCCCAUUUCAACAUGUACGCUUACGGUGGAGCUGGAUCCAAUGCAUCUCCGUCCGGUGGGGGCGGUAGUAGUCACAACGUCGGUGGUGCUCAUCCGCUGGCGUCUUCGUCGUCCUCUUCAUCCGGUGCUCACAUUCAUCCUCACAUUCCGAUGCCGCACAGUCCAGCGGCGUCUGCCGCGUCUUCGUCCGGAGGCAACGGCGGAGAUCGAUGCGGUCAUCGCGAUCCAUCCGAAUCAUCCGUCCGAUCGGCCGCCUCCUCUCUCAGUCCCAAUUACAGCCAAGCCUUGCACUGCCACACGUCGCCCGGCAGCGGCUCGUUGUCGCCCAUCGGCUCGGGCAGUCCGUCUCCGGGCAGCCAGGGCCGCGGCUACCGCUCUCUGCCUUACCCGCUGAAGAAGAAGGACGGGAAAAUGCACUACGAGUGCAACAUUUGCUACAAGACGUUCGGCCAGCUCUCGAACCUCAAGGUUCACCUGCGGACGCACUCUGGCGAGCGGCCGUUCAAGUGCAACGUUUGCACCAAGAGUUUCACGCAGCUGGCCCACCUGCAGAAGCACCACCUGGUGCACACGGGCGAGAAGCCGCACCAGUGCGACAUUUGCAAGAAACGCUUCAGCAGCACGUCCAAUCUCAAGACGCAUUUGCGACUGCACUCUGGGCAGAAACCCUACGCUUGCGACCUCUGCCCGGCCAAAUUCACCCAGUUUGUCCACCUCAAGUUGCACAAGAGGCUCCACACCAACGAGCGGCCCUACACGUGCGGCGGAUGCCAGAAGAAGUACAUCAGCGCCAGCGGACUGCGCACCCACUGGAAGACGACCAACUGCAAGCCCAGCAGCCUCGAAGAGGAGAUGGCCCUAGAGCGAUCGCCUACCGAUUCGGCCGGCUACGACUGCAACGGCUCCGACGUCGAAGAAGGAAUGGAAGACAAGGACGAGGAAAUGAGCCUGGACGGAAUGAGCUGUGAUAGCGACUCGCUGGCCAUUCAACAGCAUCACCGACAAGGCCAGCACGAACACCACCACGAAAUGGGUGUCAAUUCGACGUCGGGCCGACGUUCUCAGUCGCCCGACGAAGGAAAUAUGCACGGAAACGGGAGACAACAAUCGGGAAACUACGAUGCCGAUUCGUCUCGUCCUAGCGUCAUCGAGACGGCCAACAAAGCGCCCCAAGUCAUCGAAUGCACGUAGGAAAUACGAAAAAGAAACUCGACUCGACUCGACUAUAAAACUGUGCGACGCGUUUUUCUUUUUCGUGACUUGACGAAGCAGACGACUUGAAAGUGGGUUCAGCGUCCUUGCAGACGACAUUAGACGAACGCAACUCUUUGAGUGUAUGUCUAGCUCUCUAAAUUAUUUAUUUAUUUUUCUUUUUUGGGGGGAGGGAGAGAGACGUGUGACGAGACGUAACGAAAACUCAGACGGAUCAAUACCAUCUUCAUUAACGUACCGAACCCACCGUUAGAACAAAAACAAAACAACUCCUCUUCUGUUUGACUCUGAUGACAUUUACAACAGCUAAGAGAAACUCUCAUCUAAUGUUUUUUUUCUCUCUUAAAUAUCUCUCUUUUCUCUCUUUAAAUUAUAUAUAGUAUAUACCUCCACAUUGUUUGGUAUUUUUUUAUUUAUGUAACUACAUGACAAUCAUGUUGACAAUGGCGUUUUGAACGCCAGGAGGACACAAAGUUUUAUUUUUCAUUUAUUUAGUAAGACUGUGAAACGUCGUUGACAAAUAUGGGGACAUGACUAUCGACACACAAUUUUUAUACAUUUUUUAAUUAUUAUUAUUAAGUUAUAUAUAUUUGCACAACAAGUUUUGUUGUUGUUUUUUUGUGGGUUUCCAUUUCCUCCCCCCAUCUCCCAGCAAGUUAUUUAUAUUUUUUUCCCCCAAUUUGUUGAUUUUUUAUACCCUCACCCCGCGUUGCUGUGUUAUUUGUUGUACAUUUUUCAUUAUGUUUUUCUUUUUUUAUAUAUAUAAGAAUGAUGAUGAAACUCUUGUUGGAAUCUCUCACGAAAAAAAAGAAGAAAAAAAAAGUUUAAAUGAAAAGGCACUUGAUCUCAGGAAAAUUGCAACAAUAAUUUUGGGCAACGAGGAAAAAAACAAAAAAAUAUGUGUGACUCGACUUGUGAUGCUUGAAGUGUAUGGAUUGGACAAAAUGCUUGUAAUAAUGGCGAUGCUGGUUUUGCGUGCCACGACGCAUUCCACAUUUUACCUUGUCGACUGAUGGACUAGAAAAGACGAUAGAUAUUGUUUUUUUAAAUGAUCUGCUCCCCUCCUUUCAGAGUGCCUUCUUUCUCUUGUAUCAUUUAUAUACAUAGAUAUAUACAUAUUAUAUGCAAAUCAUCCCAUAUUUCUAGCUCUACCCCUCAUUUUUUUUAAAAUUUUGAAACCUGGAUGUGAUGCUGUCAUAUUUAUAUGCCUUUAGUUGUAUUUCUCUCAACAUUCGUUGGUCUUCCCCAUAUCAUUGGUGUCUAUUGUUUUUACUGGAUUGAUUCAACGUCUUCAACUCUUUUGAUGCAAAAUGGCAAUAAUAGUUGACAAUGAAAUGUCAAAAAGUAGUGAACGAAAGAGGAAGGAUUUGUUGUGCUGCCUGUGCCUCGAUGUUGACGUUGUAGGUACAACACAUUUCGAGAUUUACAAAUUCAUUUCCACUUUUACACCCUCCCUCUCCAACAUUUUGGAAGUCGAAAGUAAUCCUUGUCAAUUUCUCAAAAGUAUAUUCCCCUCCCCUUAACUUAUUUUCCCGGCUACACUUAGCAAUUAAAAUAAAAACAAAACAAAAAAUUGCAUUUCUCAAAGACGUUUGCAUCGAAAAGAAAGAAAAUACACUCAAAUAUGUGUUCGAAAAAUGAA